UUCCCAUUUGACUUUUUUUUUUUUCAAGAAAUGUUGCAAAAAUCACAUUUUUGUUUUGUCUUUAUUUUAUUAUUUAUAAUAAAAUGGGGUGAUUGCAGUUCAUCACCACCUCUUGCUCCUGCUAUGUUUGUUUUUGGAGAUUCAUUAUCUGAUGGUGGAAAUAACAAUUGGUUGCCUACAUUGGCUAAGGCUAAUUACCCUCCUUAUGGUACCAAUUUCCCUGAUGGUCCUACUGGAAGAUUCACUAAUGGCAAACUUGUUAUUGAUUUUAUAGCUGAUUAUCUUGGACUGCCAUAUCCACCACCGUAUAUAAUGCCAUUUCGACCAAAGAUAGUUACGGGCUAUAAUUAUGCAUCUGCAGCUUGCGGUAUUUUACCAGAAACUGGAAAGGAAAUUGGAUUAUGCUUAGAUUUGGAAGAACAAGUGAAAUUAUUUGAAAGGACUAUAAGAAAACAAUUAUCUUCAAAAUUAAAAAAUCCAAGUCAGCUUUCCCAGCACUUGGAGAAAUCCAUAUUUAUGGUUAAUAUUGGCAGUAAUGAUUUCCUUGGCAACUAUUUUGGAUCGUCUUCAGGUACAAGACAACGUUAUAAUCCUCAACAAUUUAACCAACUUCUCAUUGAUGCAUUAUCACUAAAACUACAGGAACUAUACAAAUUAGGAGCCAGGAAGCUAGUGGUAUUCGAAUUGGGACCACUUGGUUGCCUUUCAUCAAUGGUUAGACGUUUCAAGCCCGAAGGAAGAUGUGAUGAAAAUAUAAAUCAAAUAGUAAAAAAUUUCAACACUCGACUUGCUUUGAUGCUUAAAAGUCUAACUUCCUCUCUUCAACACUCUCAUUUCAUACUUGGGCGUGCUCAUUGGCUUGGUUAUGAUGCUAUUAUCAACCCUACAAAAUAUGGGUUAAUUGAUGGUAAAAAUCCAUGUUGCAAAACAUUGGGAAAUGGCACAUUGACAUGCAUUCCAUUUCUCCCAUCAUGCAAAAAUCCCAAUCAACAUUUCUUUUGGGAUGGUAGUCAUCUCACCGAAGCUAUCAACUCUCUCAUUGCUUCUCAAUGUAUUAGUGGCUCCUCUGUUUGUCUUCCUUUUAAUAUCCAACAACUUGUUCAACUCUAG